CACGCGCUGGAAAGGAGCUUGAUGCAAGCUGUUACAAGGGAGGUAACUCCUAAAUGUUUUGCACAAUUACAUAAACACAAACACGUGUUGACGGCAGGUUGUUGGAGGUAGCGAUUAAACCACAUUGCAAUGCCAGAAGGCCCAGAACUUCACCUCGCAAGUAGAUUCGUUAACUUUGUUUGCAAAGGAAGAGUAUUUGCAGGGGAGAUUAUGAAGUCGGAGGUGCAUAAAAGUAAGGAUGUGAGCUGGGAACACGAAGGGUACACCAUCUCGGCUUCGUCCCGAGGGAAGGAGUUAAAAUUGACACUGACAGCUUUAGAUGACAGUCCGAGCAAAGACAAGAAGAAACCCGCAAUCUCCCCACGAUCCGUUGAUAUUAUGUUUCAGUUUGGUAUGUCUGGGAAAUUUCAUUUUUGUGGCAUUGAUGAAAUGGAGAAACACUCUCAUUUGAAUUUCUACACCAAGGAGGAAGAAGAUUCACAUCGUAAUGUGUUGAGUUUCGUUGACCAAAGACGGUUUGGGAAGUGGAGCGAGGGCGCGGACUGGGGAGCUGAUCGAGGGCCGUGUGUGAUGUUCGAAUAUCCAGCGUUUAGACAGAGAGUGUUGGACAACCUUCACCAGGCAGCUUUCAACAAACCAAUCUGUGAAGUUUUGCUCAACCAGAAGUACUUCAAUGGUAUUGGAAACUAUCUCCGAGCAGAAAUACUAUACAGAGGUGGAGUGCGGCCAUUUGAGUGUGCACGGUCAGUGCUGGAGAAACUGGCCCCUGGUCAGAAAGAGAAGAAAGUGGUGGUCAAGUCUGAGAGUCCGGACAUCCUGCAAAUGUGCAACCUCCUGCCUCUAGAGGUCAUUGAAAUAGGGGCAACCGGGUAUGGUCUUUAUGGCGAGAAAUCCUUCACAGAGUUCACCGACUGGCUCCAGUGCUACUACAAUCCCACGAUGAAGAACAUGGCAGACCACAACAAGAGAACCAUCUGGUUCACAGGAGACCCAGGACCCAUGGUGCCAAAAGAACAAAAAACUAAGAGGGUGAAGAAGACUUCCAAGAUAGUGAAGAGGAAGUCAGAACAGAUGGUGGAAGCAGGUGAAGAACUGCCAGAGGUUCUUCAGUCUCCAACUAAGAAAAAGAAAACAGAUGGCAGAAUGACAAGAAAAAAACUUCAUGACACAGUUGAAAAGGAAACCAAACCAAAACCAAAACCAAAACCAAAGACAGCUAAAACAGAAAAAGUUAAAAGGUCAAAAUCGGUUGAAAAUGUGAGAGCAAACAAUGCAAGGACCGAGAAAGUCGCCAAAUCAUCCACAUCACAAGAAAAGGUUGCCAAGUCCUCCAGAGGGAAGCCAGGCAGAAGCAGAAAAUCAAGUGAUGUAGAUGAAGGUGUUGGGGACAGCUUGACCAGUGUAGGGAAGGGGACAGAGGUCAAGGUCAAGGGUGGUGCAAGGAGGACCACCAGGACCUGCUCCAGAGAGUCCAGGACAAGUUCUAGUUCUGGGGAUGUGAACAGUUCAGUCAAAAAUUUGAAAAGUAAUAGGAGGGGCAUCAGGCAAUCUUGCAAGAGUUGAGUCAGUUGAAUAUUUGUUCUUGUUCGGACAUUUUUAGAAACAUAUAAUAGGUGUAACAUGAAAGUUUAGAGACCAACCCUGGAAAUGUAAAUGGUACUCGAAGGCUAUAUGUAUGCCUUUACUUCUUUACUUGAAUUAAUAGUCUAUUGGUAUUAUACCUCAAUCAACCUGACAAAAAUGUUCUAAACUGUGAAACAAGUGUCUAAUUAUGAUCUGGUCCAAAUGUAUAAAAAAUGAGUCUGACUAAGUGAGAUGUAAGAAGAAAUGGGGAGUGUGGCGUACAUGUUCGAUCAACCAUCCAUCAACCAUCCAUCGACCAUCCAUCAACCAUCCAUCACAGGACCAUCACUGCAUGUUUUUAAAUAAAUGU